GUUGCAUCAUGGAAGGGCUAGACAGUGAUGCCUCAACAACCAGCCAGCCCACAUGAUGCUUGAAAGCACCCCAAGAUUCAUAGCCAAAGUGUCAUAGAAUACAGAGACGAGACGACCUCCAUCCGGAGUCUUUCAGAGUCUUUCAGAUUCAGAAAACCCACUACUGCCAAGAAGCCCUGCUUCUCUUCUACUUCCUCUCAAAGAAAGAGACCGAGAGAAGUUCAUCUUGCAAGCCAAGAACUCUCGUCCUCUCCUUCUGAAGCGGGUGGCAUGGGGAAGCUGUGUUGCAGCCAGACGGACGACGAUCCGGAGUUCAACCUGCUGGGGCUGCUCGUCGCCGUCGUCCUCGCGUUGCUGCUGCUGAUGCUGUGCACGCCGCCGCGGCGCAGGCGCUGCGUGGUGUACCCCUGCUACUAAUGGCGGCGGCGGCGGCGGUGCUCCGAUCCUCUCAGAUGAGCAGAGGGGAUCGAGGAGAAGCGACGAGGCAUCGUCAAGCUUUAAAGCCAGGCAUAGGUUCCGAUCUUUUCUGACCGAUUUGCAUAUGCUCAGUUUCCGAAAUAAUUUAUGCUGAAUUUCGAAUUGUGAUAGACUCGUUUCUGUUGCGAGUUGUUAGAAUUUUUAUGUGCAUACUGUUGAUUUGCGGCCUGAUGGAAUAUAUGAAAUGAUUUGGAGAACCGUGUGCUUCUGCAACUUUUGUGUAAAAACCCGGAAACUUCAGAAAAGGUGUUUGUAUUGUA